ACACAACCGAGCCCUUUAACUUGAUGUAUGAUUAGCUUUCAAGGCCGACGGCCCUGGUUACCGCGGCGAGGAAUAUAAUCUCCUUGCAAAGCCCCGCCGGCUUCUCUUUGUGCAAGGCGAGGGCGACGAGCCAUGAGGGGAACGGCGACCGACCUCCCGGAAGCGCUUCCCUCUCCAUCUCCUCCCUCGUCUUCCUCCCAUUUCAGCCCUGGGCGCCAUUACUAUGUCGCUGUCGAUCGGCUUCAGUUCAAGAUGGAGACGCUAGUGGAUCUGCUGGGGGUGGCGGGACGGCGCCCGUCGCUGCCGAUGGUGAUAUGCUGCAGCUCGCGAGACGAGCUGGACGCCGUCUGCGCCUCGGUCUCCAACCUUUCCUACAUCUCGCUUUCCUCCCUGGUUGAAGGAAGGCUUGUGAACUCUUUGUGUGGGAGUGACUCCGGGUGGUGUUUGAUUCUUUCGCUGACUAGCCUUUUUCCAAAUGACCUGGCUGAAUCCAAACGUGCACUGGUACUAGAAAAGUUCCGUCACUCAACAGCAGAAUGGAGUCAAAUCAAUAAUGCACGUCCUGGUGAUGGCCUUGAAUGUGGAAAUGUGGCUCACAAGUCAUGCAUGAUAGUUGUAACAGAUGCCUGCCUGCCACUUGUUGCUUCAGGAGAGGCACCUCUUUUAGCUCGUAUAUUAAUAAACUAUGAGUUACCAACAAAAAAGGAAACAUACUUGAGGCGCAUGUCAACUUGUUUAGCAGCAGAUGGAAUUGUGAUAAACAUGGUUGUUGGAGGUGAAGUGGUGGCCCUGAAAGGACUUGAGGAAAGCAGUGGUCUUGUCAUUGCGGAGAUGCCCAUAAAUGCAUUAGAUGUGCGUCGGGAAGUGGUGGCUACGUGAUCCAAUCGCAGGAAGCGGUGUACUAUACGUCGGAUUUUCUACACUGCAAGCGUAUAAAGAAUUUCUCGUGCUUCAUAUCCUACAAAACAGUAGAGGGCCAGGGAGGCUCCAUGCAUUGAAGAUGCCAAUGCCAGGAUUAGCUGGAAGAUGAUUGAAUGUGCCCUGUAGUAAAUGUGUUCUAAUGGAAACAUCGGUCCCUGGUAAAAUGGCUGCUUCUUUAGCACCAUUCGCAAUCCUGGGACCAUACUGUUGUUGAAGGUCAUGGGAAGGUCCUGACAAAGAUGAUGAUGCAAAAUUAUUGCUCGCGGUCUUGCCUCAGAUUAGGAAUCUCUUCUGGAUUGGAUGAUGUACAGGAAGGUUGGGAGCUUGUAAGUCCAUGUUCUUAACUUAUCUGGUUGGGCGUUUUAUGAUUCUAGGUAAGCGGUGGUAUCUUUUCUUAAAUGAUCAUCAGUUUUUCAUGAAGAAUUGGCUAAGUUGAUUUUUCCGGUUAUGGUUUUAACGCAAAUGAUUGAGAAUAAGCUGCUGUGGAUUUAGGACCCCAGGAUGAUGUUGUUGAAUCUGCCCUGUCUAAGAAUGAUAUGAGAUGGUACUCUUAAAACAAUCAACUCUUUUGGGGGAAGCCGUUACUCCUCCAAUUUACCUUCAAAAAAGGAAUGAUGAGAGAUGAUAGGAAUAUGAAGAUCAAAUGGAGAAUGAUAAUUGGAAUUUGGAAAGCAGUAGGAAAGGUGCGGACAUAGCUGAUAUGUUAGGAUCCCGUAUGUAUGUAUGUAUGUACAACCAAAAAGCUACUAAGAUAUGGUUCUCAGCCUCUCACUAUCAUUUCAAAGAUUAAACACAGUUACAUAAAAUCUACCGUCUCAAAACAUAAUUGACAUCAUACAUCUACAUAAAAACCCAAAACAAGAUUCCUGAUGAGUCACAUCUUGCUGCUUCUGCUGCUAUGUAAUGUCUAUCACUGAUCUCCAGGUCCAUUUGUCUCUCACUGGUAUGUAAUGUCUAUGUAUCAUCACAAAUUCCAAUCAUUUGAUAUAACAGUGUAAUUUGAUGUAAAUUCCUCAUGUUUAUAUCCUUGUGCACAUAUGCCACAUUUUUUUUUUUUUUUGGCUACAUGAGAGGCAGAUGUCCAUUUUCUUGGCAACGUUUUAAGGCUUGAUGCAUUUGCACGCUUGUGUAGCUGUGUUGUCCUGCAUUUUCCUUGUCUUUUUCUUUAUUUAUUAUUUAUUUAUUUAUUUAUUUUUUUGAUGAAAUGGGAGGUGAUACCAUCCUUGAUUUUAUUAGUGAUUGAAUAUUUACAAUGAGGAGGAUGGAUUAAGCGCUUGCAUCCAAAAAAGCUCUAGUCUAAGAGGUAGAGGCUGCCAGUAACAGGUUUUUCAGAAACCUGUUCAAAGUCUGCUGUUAACAGGUUUACAGGUGUUCAGAGUUUCAGCAAUUCAGGUUUACAGGUGUACAGGUAUUCAAGAUUAUGGUUAUCAGUUUAUAUGGGGCGAGAAUCUUUGAUUCUCAUCCAUUUUGAAGGCUAUCAGUAACAAGGUUUAGCAGGAUUUCAGAAGUUAAUUUUUUAGCUUUACAGGUUUGAGAGUGCAAGAACCAAAAAUAAGUUUGCACAGGCACUGUUAUUUCUUCAUUUCAGAUUUUCCAGCAAAUUGAUGAAAUGAGUGUUGCUGUUAAAUUUUGCUUGAGCUAGCCAAUCUCUGGAAGCUGAAAAGAUCGUCUCCAGAAUUUUGAGAGGAGAGUUAGCUAUGAAUUUGAAGAUCCUAUUGUUUCUCUCCUUCCAAAUGCUCCAUACGUUAGCCGUAGCGAUGCAAUCCCAUGCGGGCUUCGGUAUGUUUUGUGGCAGUCUAUCCCUCCAAUUACUCUAGAGCUCUUCAAUGGUGCGAGGUGGGGGCAUUAAGGAAAGCUUUGGUGUGAGUUGUAGCCAUGUAUGCUUGGAGUAUUUGCAUGUGAGGAAGAGGCGAUCUCUGCUUUCCUCUUCCAAAUAACAGAGAACACAGUGUGAUGGAACUGGAAAAUUCCAUUUUUUGAGGUUGAAAGCAGUGAGGAUCUUAUUGUUGAAGACCGGCUAGUUGAAAACUUUGAUCCGGGUUGGCAUUGGCAUUCUCCGGUUUAUCUUGGCGAAGCCUGAGAGUAAUACCCCAUAACUAAGGAAGGUGUAGUAUUUACUGAUUUCGAACUUUUUGUUGCUACUCUAUUUCCAAAUGACCAUGUCAGCUGCCCCUGUCAGAUUGAUUGAAUUGAGGAGGCGCCGGAGCUGCUGAAGUUCAUUCAUUGCAUGGGUGUUGAGUCGCCUGCGAAACAGGUUAUAGAGAUUUUGAGUCUUCAGCAACUCAUGGACACUUAUCUUUGGAUUGGUGGUGUGGAUGUAGAUGUUCAGUAUAAUAUCUCCACCAUCUUUUGAGUAACAUGCAUUUGUUAAACAGUCCGCAUUUUCCUUGUCAUUUAUAACUCAGUGGUUG